AAAAGUUAAAAGCCCAUGUGCCAUAGUUCACACCACACGGCCCACCUAUUGUUUAUUGGGCUGUGUUGCUUCGCUUCCGCAAUUUCCCUGGCUGUUCCCCGGCGUCCGGCGCUGCGAGUCGGAGAGUUCGGAGGCUUCCGUUCCCCGUUGACCUCCGCCACCGGGCUCCGGCGAGAAGCCGAGGGAAGCCCAAUCCGCCCCGAACCCGCAGGUCGCCGUUCGAAACCUAGGGAUCUGAUCAAAUUCGAGGCUCUGGGUUUGUGGAAGUCGUUCGGUUCGUUUAGAAAUGCUUCUGGUAUUUCGCACGCCUGCGUUUCCGAUUUGCAUCAGCAUCAGCUCCAAGACGUGAUUUUGACAUUCUAUAUCAUGGCCUUUUUGCUCUGUUCACAAAUAAAAUUAAGCAAAGCAUUUAUUAGGAGGAGGAUUUCUGAGAACGGACAGGGCAGUUUGCCAAGGUCUCUUCAUUGCAACCCCAUGCAAUCAAGACAUGUUCAAAAUCUCGUGUUGCGAUGCAGCAAGAAUUUGCCUUGGGAGACCUCUCUUCCAUAUGCUUCCGCGGAGGAUGACGCCAGUAUUAUCAUGGGAACAGAUGUUGUUGAGCCUAUUGAUACGGAGGAAGCCCCACAUAUUACAAUCCUCCAGAGUGAUCAAGAUGUCGUGGAGGUGAAAAAUGAACCUUCUGUGCAGCUAACAGCAUUCAAACUGCCAAUGUGGCUAUUAGGGCCUUCUAUUCUGUUAGUUACGGGUAUAGUUCCAACUCUAUGGCUGCCUUUGUCUUCAGUAUUUCUAGGUCCUAACAUUGCUGGCCUUCUAUCUCUAGUUGGACUUGACUGCAUUUUUAACAUGGGAGCAAUGCUGUUUUUCCUUAUGGCCGAUGCGUGUGGGCGUCCAGAGAACAAUACUUUCGACCUGAAAAGGCAGAUCCCAACUUCUUACAGGUUCUGGAAUCUGGCUGCUAGCAUACUAGGCUUUCUUGCUCCUUUGGCCCUGCUUUUUGCAUCUCGCAGGGGCACUCUGCAGCCACAGCUACCAUUCAUUCCAUUUGCAGUGCUGCUUGGGCCAUAUCUUUUACUCCUAUCAGUACAGAUGUUGACUGAGAUGCUUACAUGGCACUGGAAAUCGCCGGUGUGGUUGGUGGCUCCUGUGGUUUACGAGUGCUAUCGCGUACUACAGUUGAUGAGGGGUCUUCAGUUGGCUGGCGAGAUCAGUGCACCUGGUUGGAUGGUGCAAAGUCUUCGUGGCUUGGUAUCUUGGUGGGUACUCGUCCUUGGAGUCCAAUUGAUGCGUGUCGCUUGGUUCGCUGGACUCAGCUUUGCUAAGAAUUCAAGUUAUGGAGUAAGUGAUGAAUGAACCAGUAAAUAAGACAAGAAAUAUUUCAGGUGUUCUUUUUUUGCUCAUUCUACCUCCGACGGCUACAAUGCUCUUCAUGUUAAUGGAGGUUCAUUUGUAAUUGUUGGACGCCA